UUCUUCACAUAUACUUGAUUUCUCUCAGUCUUUGAUGUUUUUUCAAUGCAGAACCAACACUUCUUUUGCUUGCAUAUGCUUUUGUUUAUGUGCUUUUGCAUUGGCCCUUCGACCGGUUUCAAUGCAACGGCUGCAAAGGCUAAUGUAGGAGUGGUUCUUGAUCUUGACACUACUCUUGGAAAGAUAUGCAAGACUUGCAUCUCUAUGGCGAUUGAAGAUUUCUACUCCAACCGCGAUUACAACACCAUGAUCGAGCCUCAUUUCAGAGACUCGAGGAGUGAUCUUGUCACUGCAGCUUCUGCAGCUAUAGAUUUGUUAAAGAAUGCUGAAGUGAUGGCGAUUAUCGGGCCUCAAAAAUCCUUUCAAGCAGAGUUCGUGAUAGAUAUUGGUGACAAGGUGGAAGUUCCAAUAAUAUCUCCAGCAACGAGCCCGUCCGUAUCGCCUAAAGACUCAUCAUACUUCAUAAGAUCAGCAUGGUGUUCCUCUUCUCAGGUCAGAGCAAUUGCAGCAAUUGUGAAGAAAUUCGGUUGGAGGGAGGUUGUUUUUGUGUACGAGGACACCAACUAUGGAAGCGGAUUAGUGCCGUAUUUGACUGUUGAUCUGCUAAAGAGCAAUGCUGUGGUCUCACAGCAAAGUGUUAUUUCCUCUGAUGCCACAGAGGAUCGAAUCCGACAGGAGCUCUUCAAAUUGAUGAAGAUGAGGACGAGAGUGUUCGUGGUUCAUAUGCUGCCAGGUCUUGCAUCCCGUUUCUUCAACGUGGCGAAAGAAGCAGGGAUGAUGGACAAGGGGUAUGCUUGGUUAAUAGCUGACGUGCUCACGAGUCUCUUGGAUUCUAUGGAUCCACAGACUAUGGAGGCGAUGCAAGGUGUACUAGGCGUGAAGGCUUACGUUCCAGAAUCCGUUAAGCUUAUAGACUUUAAAAAGAGAUGGAGAAAGAGGUUUCACACAGAAUAUCCGGAGAUGAACAGAACAGAACUCAAUGUCCUUGGGCUGUGGGCUUAUGACAGCAUCGCAGUUUUGGCAGAGGCAAUUGAACGAGCUGGUGUGACAUCCCCGCAGUUCAAUAGAUCUGUUGAUAGUGGAAAUUUGACGGAUUUGGAUUCAAUAGGAACAUCAUUGGCUGGACCAUCACUUGUUGGUUGGAUCAGAAACCACACGUCCAAAGGGCUGAGUGGUGAUUUUAACAUAAGUAACGGUGAACUGCAACCGUCUGCAUUUGAGAUAGUUAAUGUGAAUGGCAAGAAAGAAAUCCCAGUUGGAUUCUGGACCGAACACUGUGGAAUCUCAAGGGAGCUUAAGCCAGAUGAUCAUCUAGAUAAUUGCUCGACCGGAAACACAAAUCUCGACCCCAUUGUGUGGCCAGGGAAAGAAACUAAAGUGCCUAAAGGGUGGGAAAUUGCUGUGAGUGGGGAAAAGUUUAGAGUUGGAAUUCCAGCAAAAACUAGUUUCAGGGAAUUCAGUGUAGUUGAAAAGAAUGAAGAAACAGGUGUCGUUGAAGCAAAGGGUUUCUGCAUUGAUGUUUUCGAAGCGGUAUGGGAAAAAAUCCCGUAUCAUGUCCCAGUUGAGUAUGUUCCAUACGAUACCACAGAUGGAGGUUAUAAUGAACUAUCUCAGAAAAUGGACGAAGAGAGACGACAACAGGGUCUUGAUGCAUUGGUGGGAGAUCUAACGGUCACAGCUAGCAGAUCCGAGCAUGUAGAUUUCACAGUUCCUUACACAGAAUCUGGAGUUGCCAUCCUUGUCCCAAUCAGGGCUAACGAGGGGAAGAAUGCUUGGAUAUUUAUGAAACCUCUAACAACCGGCCUUUGGCUAACCAUUGGCACGUUCUUUGUCUACACUGGAUUUGUCGUUUGGGUUCUUGAGCAUCGCGUAAAUAAAGCAUUUCAGGGUCCACCUAACCAGCAAGUUGGCAUGAUAUUUUGGUUCUCAUUCUCAACGCUUGUUUUUGCACACAGUAAGCCAAGAAUUCUCGAUACAUAUAGUCCUUAA